AUGGAGAACUUCAUUACCACAGCAAACAAUUCCAUCCAACAAUUACAAGCUCAGAACAAGCUCAUGGAAAAUCAAAUAAGUCAACUUGCUCAUGAAGUUGGCCAAUCUUCAAAGACUCCGGGUACCUUUCCAGGUCAAACAGAGCAACCACAAAAGGGGCAUAUGAAUGUCGUAACUUUGAGGAGUGGAAAGCAAUUAGAAGAUCCUCCCUCAAAGGAGGUUGUUGAAGAGAUAGUCACAAAUAAGAAGGCGGUUGAUAGUAGUGUGAUUGAGGAAGAGCCAAAGGCAUCGAUUCCACCACCACUUGUUUCAUAUGUGCCGCAAGCUCCUUUCUCGCAAAGGUUGGCUCAAGAUAAGUUAGAGAAAACGUAUGGAAAAUUUCUUGAUAUUCAGAAAAAGCUUCACAUCAACAUUCCAUUCUUAGAUGCAAUAUCCGAGAUGCCAUCUUAUGCAAAAUUUUUAAAGGAUAUGCUCUCUAACAAGAAGAAGCUAGAGGAGAAUGCUACAGUUGCGUUAACUGUAGAGUGUAGUGCGAUUUUGCAAAACAUACUUCCUAAGAAACUAGGCGAUCCGAGUAGCUACUCAAUUCCGGUGAAACUUGGAGACAUAGAGAUCAACAGGGCACUAUGUGAUCUUGGUGCAAGUCUAAAGCCUACACGCAUAUCUCUACAACUUGUGGAUAGGUCGGUUAAGUUUCCUUUGGGUGUACUUGAAAAUGUUCCUCUUCGCGUGGGAAAAUUAUUUAUCCCAUGCGACUUUGUUGUGAUGGAGAUGGAGGAGGAUGCACAUGUUCCUAUUAUUCUUGGUAGACCAUUCUUAGCCACUGCAGGUGCAAUCAUUGAUAUGAAGAAUGGUAAAAUCACUUUUGAGGUAAGCGACGAGAAAAUGGAGUAUUCACUCUUGACUGCUAUUAGAACUCCUUCCAUGCGAGAGACUAUUUGUCAAGUGGAUUUCCUUGAUGAUUUACAACGUGAGCAACUUCCAUUGAUUAAAACGGAUGAUGCACUUGAAAUGGUGUUAAUGGGAGUGCCAAUGAUGAAGAUUGGGAGACAAGGGAGUACACACGGCUACUUGAGGAAGCAAAAGCCAAUCCAAUCACCGCUCCAAUGA